GAGGGUCUUGCUGUAGGACACCAUGGCGACUGCUGCAGUCAGUUUACAGAGCUUAUAUGAAAAGCUGAGGACACAUGUUGACCUUCUCAGUGAGAACAUUGAACCCAAUUUCAUUCAGAUGGCACAAAACUUUGAAGACUGCCGUCGCAAAUGGCUGAGGACCGAGCACGAGCUGGGGUCUUGCAAGGAGAUGCUCACAAAGGCAGAGAUGGAGAGGGGAGCCCUGGAUGUCAAACUGAAACAUGCCCGAAACCAAGUCGACGUGGAGAUCCGGCGCCGACAGAAGGCUGAAGCCGACUGCGAGACUCUGGAACGUCAAAUUCAGCUGAUCCGGGACCUCUUGACCAGUGAGGGAUCCACCAACAGCAUCCAGCUGAGUGCAGAGCAGCGUUCUGCUUUGGCGUUCCUUAACACAAACACUCAGGGCGCAACCAACCAGAACACCAGUCGAAGACUGCUGACAAUAGAUGAGUCUGCCUCCAUCUUGUCAGAUAUUAGUUACGACAAAACGGAUGACUCACUU